AUAUGGGCGGAGCCAAUCAUGACAUGCCAAUUAAUCUCCACGACCAAUCAACAUCACGGCUGCGAAGGGGUGAGAAGACUCCCUCCGGGUGUCAGGCCAGGGGAGGACAAAGGUAAAGGUAAGACUCUCUUGGGCGCCAAAGUGGAGGAAGCUACUUGUGUUUGAACAUGUGUUUAAAAAAAAAGCUUGCCAUGACUUGCAUCGGUUGAUGUGGAUACGCUAGAAGAAAAAAUGUCUGAAUUGAAAAUCCCUCAAGCCUACCCUCAUUUUUUAUAAUACAGAGGUGGGUUCAGAUUUGGGAGAUACAAAAAGGUGGUGGAGCUCGGGUGGGGGAUGUUUACCUGGACACAGUGAAAACUUUGAACAAACUCUGCACUCACUAAGCUGAAAAUGUCCAUAGGUCCUAAGCUAAACAAAGUCCAGAGGUCUUAAACUAUACAAAGUCCAGACGUCUAAAGCUAUGAAAAGUACUUAGGUCUUAAGUUAUACAAAUUCCAGAGGUCUUAAGUUAUAAAGAGUCCAGAGGUCUUAAGUUAUACAAAGUCCAGUGGUCUUAAGCUAUACAAAGUACAGAGGUCUUAAGCUAUACAAAGUCCAGAGGUCUUAAGCUAUAAAAAGUCCAAAGGUCUUAAGCUAUACAAAGUCCAGACGUCUAAAGCUAUAAAAAGUCCAAAGAUCUUAAGCUAUACAAAGUCCAGAGGUCUUAAGCUAUACAAAGUCCAGAGGUCUUAAGCUAUACAUAGUCCAGAGGUGUUAAGCUAUACAAAGUACAGAGGUCUUUAGCUAUACAUAGUCCAGAGGUCUUAAGCUAUACAAAGUCCAGAGGUCUUAAGCUAUAGAUAGUCCAGAGGUCUUAAGCUAUACAUAGUCCAGAGGUCUUAAGCUUUACAUAGUCCAGAGGUCUUAAGACAUACAUAGUCCAGAGGCACUCCCCCACCAUUUUUCUGUUUUGUUACCCUUUUAAAUUAAAUAGCCUUUAAAAUGAUGGUCUUCUAAAAGUAAAAGAAAAUGGAAAGAAACAUUUGGUCAAAAAAUACUCAAAAGUUAACAGGUAUUUUUUUUUUUGAGGUCCUGGAAGUUUGUGAGACCUUGACCUUAGUCGUGGCUUAGUAGGCUUAAGGACAAGGCCGCAGUGAGACCUUAACCUGAGUCGUGGCUUAGUAGGCUUAAGGACAAGGCCGCAGUGAGACCUUAACCUGAGUCGUGGCUUAGUAGGCUUAAGGACAAGGCCGCAGUGAGACCUUAACCUGAGUCGUGGCUUAGAAGCCUUAAGGACAAGGCCGCAGUGAGUCCUUAACCUGAGUCGUGGCUUAGUAGGCUUAAGGACAAGGCCGCAGUGAUACCUUAACCUGAGUCGUGGCUUAGUAGGCUUAAGGACAAGGCCGCAGUGAGUCCUUAGCCUGAGUCGUGGCUUAGUUGGCUUAAGGACAAGGCCGCAGUGAGACCUUAACCUGAGUCGUGGCUUAGUAUGCUUAAGGACAAGGCCGCAGUGAGACCUUACCUUAGUCGUGGCUUAGUAGGCUUAAGGACAAGGCCGCAGUGAAGCAUGUGGACGAGUCCAGGAGCACUACAAACCCCAUUGUUGGUGGGUUCAGUUCCAUAAACCCCAUUGUUGGUGGGUUCAGUUCCACAAACCCCAUUGUUGGUGGGUUCAGUUCCACAAACCCCAUUGUUGGUGGGUUCAACUGCACAAACCCCAUUGUUGGUGGGUUCAGCUGCACAAACCCCAUUGUUGGUGGGUUCAGCUCCACAAACCCCAUUGUUGGUGGGUACAGUGAGUUCACGGGGUGGAAGUUGGUCGUUAGCUACAUGUUGGCCAGCUGUUCUGGUAAACACUCCCAACGCCGAAAUCGACCAUGAGCAGCCACCGUGGCAUGCCUCGCAAAUAGAGUUUUAAAGAUAAUUUACAGUUGGCAGGAAUCAACACGGGACCACAGGGGAAAUGUUAGCCCAAGCCGGGGUUUGAAAGACGAUCAGAACAAGAUUACGGGAAAUUUCAUUUGGAAUUUAAACAACGAAAAUCCCACAAGUUUCCGGUUAAUCUUUUUUUUUUUUAAAUUUGAAACAGAUUAAGACGUAUUAUUAUUAUGAAUUGAAAAGGAUUCAUAUAACACAUAGGACAUGUUGUAUUAUGGGAGUCGGAGUUCCUCGUCUAUUCGCCGAUGGACAGCGUUUGGCCAAAGCAAUGAUUGGUUUUCAUGGGUUCUCGUUUCAAGAUGCUUCGUAUUCGAUUUUUGAUAACUAAAUAUUUAGAGGAACUAAUAUUGCAGCGUGAUCAAAGUCUCGGCACAUUUUAUAAUAUAGGACAACGUGGAACUUGUUAACAGCCAUGCGUGCACCCUCUCUCUCUCUCUCUCUCCCUCUCUCUCUCUCCCUCUCUCGGUCGUUCUCUCUCUUUUCGUACUACUUCUCCUCGUUCUUUCUCUUCCUCUCUCUUACAAUGUCCCUCUUGUUCUCUUUCUAUCUUGCUCUAACUCUCUCAACCUCUCUCUCGCUAUCUCCCCCCUCUCUCUCUCUCUCUCUUUCGAACUCUCCCUCUUUCUAUUUCUCCCUCUUUCUCUCUGUCACCAUCUCUUGUUCACUGUCUCUCGUUCUAUCUCUCCCUCUGUCUUUAAUUUUCUCUCUCGUUCUCUCUUGCUCUCUCUCUCAACCUCUCUCUGGCUAUCUCUCUGAAAUAUUUCAUACACUGUAUGGGACCGAGCUAUUGCUCUUUAAUGGCCCCGGCAAUCAUGGAACAGACCUGCCUCAUCUGCUGGGCAGUCCCGUAUAACAGGCUCUCGACGUGGUUGGCUGGGAGAACCCCAGUCACGUCAGUCGCUAAUGUUGGGCACCCGGCUAGAAGGUGAUCCAAUGUCUCCGGCGCCUGUCCACAAAGGCGGCAGCUUGGGUCCCUCAGUGGGUCAAUCUACUCAGAUAGCUCCUCGUGGGGCAGUGCUCUGUCCUCACCUGCGUGAUGAGGCUCUGCUGGUGGCGUUUAAAACCCCACCAUUGAUCGCCCUUGCGGUUAGUUUUUUUGCAUGUUCCAGUAAAGUUUUCGGGCAGUGGUACCCUGUUCCCAUUCUUUCCUCCAUUCCUCCAGGAUUGGGAUUGGGAAGAGCCUUGUCUCGCAAGCCAGUCAGCUCUGACUUGUAGGGGGAUCCCCGCGAGUCCCGGGAUCCAUUGAAGGGUCACUGUCCCUCCGUGAGACCGUAUGUCUCGCAUGAGCUCCAUGAUUGUCUGUACCGUCUUAGUGUCCCAAGAGAACCUCUUCACAAUCUCGAGAGCACAUUGUGAGUCGGUGAACACCACGACGGAUGGAAAUGUUUUGCGUUUGGCUAGCCGACAGCGCACUUGUUUCAGGCCCAUGAGGAUAGCUUCAACUUCUGCUUCAGCUGCAGAACUGUUCUUGCCGCUUGGGCCUGAAAUCUCCUCUGUUGGAGGUACCCCCUUCGGAUACUGUAUGAGCGCGCCGUAGCCUGCCCGCUUUUCGCCAGCGAGAUAGGAGCCGUCUGUGAAGACUGAUACCAUAUCGUCACUACAAGCCUUAAUCGUCUCUAGUGUGGCCCCCUUUUGCUCAUUUUGGGGGCUCGACUUGUUAACCGCCGUGCUUGACAGGGUCAGACGUACAUCAGGUGGUUCGCCGCUAUCCUGUGGUGAUCUCUCCUGGAUCAGGCGUAAUUUGUCCCUGAUCCUGGUAAAGGGUGCUUUUUCUCCAGUGAGUCGACCGCAUCCAUAAAGGAGGGUCUUUUAAGCCUCGUCCUCUUUACCCAGCGGUCUUGGAGUUGGAAACAGGGCUCCGUGCGUUCCAUUCGACGGUCGUUAGGAUAACUUAGGAUAACUUUGUCCCUCCUGAUGUGCAGUGGUUCUAUGUCUGAGAUAAUUUCCACGGCGGCCGUGGGUGUGGUACGUAACGCCCCGCAUAUGAAUCUGAGAACUAGAUUCUGUAUGUGGUCCAGUCCCUCUAGAGCCGUACGGCUCGCAAAGACCUGAACCGGCAGGCUGUAGUCCAGGGCACCUCUUACGCUCCCAAGGUAAAGAGUUUUUAGGAGUUUUGCGUAAGCCCCCCCCCCCCAGGUGGGGUUGGUAAGUUUUUUUGAUCAGGCUGAGUUUUGACGUGGCUCGAGCGCCGAGAUCCCGUACAUGGUUGUGAAGUUGAAGUUUGGGGUCCAACUUGUCCCCAAGACUAGACCACCCCAGGAGAAAGGGUUUUUGGGGUUUUUGCUUAACCCCCCCCCCCCCCCAGGUGGUGUUGGUAAGUUUUUUUGAUCAGGCUGAGUUUUGACGUGGCUCGAGCGCCGAGAUCCCGUACAUGGUUGUGAAGUUGAAGUUUGUGGUCCAACUUGUCCCCAAGACUAGACCCACUGUAAGAAUAAUUGAAAUCAUUUAUAACGACUUCCGUCAAAUUUUCAGUUUCCCCAGAAAAUUGCAGUUCGACUAGUUCCGCCAGCAGCAAGCAGACGACAUCUCCUGCGCCCAACUCACUCACUCAAAAGACAGCCUCCCCUGCCCCCAUCCCAGUCAAUCAACAGAUAUCAGACUGUGAGUUCAGAGGAACAUCUCUUUAUUUUUAGUUAUUCGCCAAACCAAAUUAUUCAAAGACAAGUGUUGAAAUGUUUCAUAAAUUGGAGCCGUGGAGUCCCCACUAAAUUAGUGUCAUUCUUGACGGACAUAUUGUAAAUUUCUAAUUUGUAAUAAAUGAAGUAUAUCUUAUUUUCAAAUAAAUUUCCAACUAAUUUUUAUACUUUAUAUUUAUUGUGUCAUAAUGAAUGCUUCUUAAAUUCUAUCGAGUUCAAUAUUUAACUUUAAACCGGGCACCAGUCUUAUAGUUCGAAUUUUUAAUCGUCACAUAUUUAACUCGAUAUUUCAAUUGAAUUAUUCGUUUCAAGGUCAAGGCCGUGACCCGGAAACUAAAUUCUCCUCGCAGACGAAUUUCUCCGAAGCCAUGAUGAAGAUCUCAAAGGCGGCUGACACCAUACGACAAGCGAGGCAGAUGCUGUCCUGCCUGGCCAACAUCAACGAACUGAACAACAACAACGACCCCGACCAGCACAAGGAGAUCAGCGACAGCGGCCAUUCAGGCCAGGCCAGGGCCGUCAUUUCCACAAGCGCCACCGGGGCCGCCCUCCAACCGAAGCCUCUUGAAAACCCUCAAGUGACUGACGACGACGGACACUCGCGAAGUGACCCGACAUUCCCCGAACCCAUUUUGGUCAAGACGGCCGUCUCUCCAACCGACGCGACUUCUUUCACGGACGCCGAGUGCUCGGUGACCCCAAAGACCGGGACGGACGACAGCCGGCCAUUAUCGUUCACGGACUCGGGAAUUUCAAGGUUCACCGACUCGGGAAUUUCAAGGUUCACGGACUCGGGAAUUUCAAGGUCCACGGCGAAUUUCCCCUCGCGGGUGAAUGAAAUGCAGUCCAGCGGGUCUCCUAGAAAUAUCGAAAGACAGCAGAUGUCCAG